AGCUCGUGCCGCGAGGGUGAGGGGCGUUUCGGGAGGCAGGUACAUGCUCUCGCUCUGAAAAUGUGUUUGGACGCUUGUUUAUACGUUGCGAACACGCUUAUCAUGAUGUAUAACAAGUGUCAUGGUGGGAAUGAGGCUUGGAGCAUGUUUAAUAGCAUGGAAUACCGCAACACUGUAACGUGGAAUUCAGUGAUUGCAGCGUUUCAGUUUCAUGGACUUGGAGCUCGAGGUAUUGACCUUUUCAUCCAAAUGCAUCAUAUGGGGAUUAGUUUUGAUCGUGCCACGCUUCUCAGCGUCUUUACUUCCUUCUGCGAAAGCGCAGACAAAGAGAUGAAGGCGUGUUUUAGGUUUUGUCUUCAAUUGCACUGCCUCACGGUCAAAACUGGGUUUUUAUCCGAAGUCAAGGUGGCUACUGCUUUAAUGAAGGCUUAUUCAGAUCUUGGAGGGAAUGCUGUUGACUGCUAUAGGGUCUUCUUGGAGACAAGUUGCCAUCGGGAUAUCGUUUCAUGGACCAGCAUUAUGACGAUAUUCGCAGAGCGGGACCCAGAAAGAGCACUACUCCUCUUUUCCCAGUUGUGUCAAGAGGGUCUAGCACCAGACUGGUACACCUUCUCUAUUGUUUUAAAAGCUUGUGCAGGCCUUGUAACGGAGAGACAUGCUGCUGCAGUCCAUUCGCGAGUAAUUAAGUCGGGAUUUGAGGGUGACACUGUUCUCACGAAUUCCUUGAUCCAUGCCUAUGCUAGGUGUGCUUCCAUUUCUAUGUCUAAGAAAGUUUUUGAUGAGAUUGAAGAACGUGAUGUGGUUUCGUGGAAUUCCAUGCUCAAGGCUUACGCCCUGCAUGGAAGAGCAAGAGAGGCAUUACAUCUCUUUUCUGAAAUGAAUCUCGAGCCGGACUCCGCCACUUUAGUUGCUCUUCUCUGUGCUUGCAGCCAUGCUGGACUGGUAGAAGAUGGAAUUAAAAUAUUCGACUGCAUGCGUGAAAAUUAUGGUAUCGUCCCUCAAAUUGAUCACUACGCCUGCAUGGUUGACAUGUAUGGGCGAGCCGGGAAAAUUCACGAGGCUGAGAAACUUAUAGGUCAGAUGCCAAUGGAGCCAGAUUCCGUGGUGUGGAGUGCGCUUCUAGGAUCAUGUAAAAAGCAUGGGGAGACUGGCUUAGCUAAGUUAGCAUCAGAUAAGCUAAAGGAGUUGGAGCCUAGAAGUUCCUUGGGCUAUGUACAAAUGUCAAACAUAUAUUACUCUAGUGGAAAGUUUAAUGAGGCAGGUACAAUUUGGGAUGAAAUGAAAGAGGGUCGAGUUAGG